AUGGUUAUAGCUUACGGUUACACAUCUGAAUAGGCUUGGGAGCCUUUCAUUUAAAUUGAGGAUACUUUACCCAGCUUCUGGGAUGCUGGAGAAACACCUUGCUAAGAUUUUAAAAUUACUAUUUUAGACUGCUUGAGAGGCCUUGAAAAAGGUAUCUCACUAGGCUGGUAUAAUAAUCUAAAUUUUAACUACAAAGAAUAUGAAAAAAACUAUAAGCUAGAACAUGGUGAUAUGAACUGGAUAAUCCCAGGGAAAAUAUUGGCAUUUUCCUCACCAUCAGAUUAUAAUGUAGAUAAUGGGUUGCCAAGUAAGUUUUUUGUUCAGAAAUUCACAGAAAUGAAAAUAAAAGGCAUCAUAAGGCUAAAUGAAUAGAUGUACGAAGAAAAUGUAUUUAAAAAUGAAGGUAUAAAUAUAUUUGAUAUGGAAUUUACAGAUGGUACCACACCAGAUGAUUAGAUUAUUGCAACCUUUAUAAAUAUUAUCAAUUAAGAAACAAGAUUUGGUGGGGCUGUUGCUGUUCAUUGUAGAGCAGGACUUGGUAGAACAGGAACUUUGAUAGGCUCCUAUAUAAUUAAUAAACUAGCAUUUGAACCUAGAUCUCUGAUAGCUUGGAUGAGACUAUGCAGGCCUGGAUCAGUCAUUGGAUAAUAAUAAAAAUUCCUUUGUGAUGGCUAUUAUAGAAUAAGAGCAAUGAAAACUACACUAUAAGAUAAAAUAGGAGGGCCAAGUGUUUCUCAAAGUUACUAAUAGACUCAAAGUCCAUUUUAACUUAGAAAGUCAUCCUAAUAACCUAGCAGCUUAAAGAAUCUUAAAUAAAGUAGCAUUGGAAGCGCAAUACAUCAUGUAUUAUCACCGAAUCUUAAGUACUCAAACUAAGUAAAUAUAGUAAAUUAAAAAAUCAACACAAUAAUGCAACCUACUAAAGACAGUAAAAGAAAUUAGUCUUCUAGUUUGAUAAGAUCAGGUAGAUCUCACUAAGGUGAGCAACUAAUGUUUAACCGUAAAAGAUUAUCAAACUAUUUGAGCUUGAUGGACCAAGUUAUGGGAAAAGAAAAUAGUGCUAAAUGA